AUGGCGGACAUAGAUUACAGUAGGAGAAACAAGUACGCGAGACCACUCUCGGAGGCCGAGAAGGAACGUUUAGAUGAGUUCAUUGAUGCGAUCCAUUAUUCAGCAAGAUACUCCGACGAUCAAUAUGAGUACCGACAUGUCCAGCUACCAAAAGCCAUGCUAAAAGUCAUUCCAAAGGAAUACCAUGAUCCCCAAACUGGUACUCUGAAGCUAUUGUGGGAGGAAGAAUGGAGGGCAUUGGGAAUAACACAGAGUCUUGGCUGGGAGCAUUAUGAGGUACAUGAGCCAGAACCACACAUUCUUCUCUUCAAGAGAUCAAUUAAUUAUCAACCACCAACUCAGCAGCAAUAG